UCGCAGCUGGAAACCUGCCUUGCACACAAAUGCUCUCGAGGUUGUUUCAGGGGUUUCAGUGGCGGUGGAACUGUCAGCGACUGUGGUGGCGGCUUCGGGUUCGUAGAGUAGGCUGCCAGGUCGUCGAAAACACUAGGAACGGGCAAAAUGGCGUUAGGCCUGAGGUGCGGCUUGACUCUUGGCGACGAUACGGCAUCACCGUUUAUCGCGAAAUCAUCCGCACGGAUGAUGUCUGAUGAAUCAAAAGUGCUUUGCCCACACAUGCACGUACUUCGAAUCGAAGCUGAAGGCGUCCGUUUCUUGACACGUUUGCGACUCACUUCCAGUUCUCGAACUGGCCACACACUUGGCAAGCAAAAUGGCGAUACCUUUUCUUUAGUGCCCUUGUCGUUGAAAUGGCACACAGCACCUGAACGGUAUCGCCACGCGAACAUACCGCUUCAGCUGUACAGUACGUAAAUUCGGCUCUUAUCUAAAAAGCAAUCACAGAUACAAAGUGCAUGUGCGAACUCUCCGCUCGUGAAAGUUGCACUACGGUCUCUGCGUAAUGAAUCCGGAGAAAGGUGGCCUCUAAGUUACAUUGGUGCCACGGCACAGCAGCUUUGUGUGACAUAUCAAGCUGCCUUAUAGCGUGACGACAAAGUUUCGUGACCAGGAAAAGUAUUGGAGGACUAUGGCUUCGCUUUUGAGUUUCUUUUCUCCGCUUUUUAAAGAUCCUUGGCAGUCGGGGAGACAAAUGUUCGUGGUCUCUUCUAUGGCGUCGACGUCGCUCACGGGUGCUCCACGAAAACGGCGAAUUUCGACGGAUUCCGAUGAAUCUGAGCUGCAAUUUCUGAAUGAUGGUUGCAGCACAGACACGGAAGACGACUCCGAUUCGUCAGACUUUAGUACGGACAGCGAAAGUGCAUCAAACUGCCCCGACACAUCAGCAAGUAUCCGCCGGGUGUCGACUACUUUCGGGCAGGACCACUUGACGCCCGCUGCACAAAGGGUGGAGUUCUCUCCGCGAAGACGGUCCGGAGUGGACCUUGACUUAACGCUCUGGAGUGCCACACAGCGAUAUCUUCACGUCAGAGCCGUCGAUAUCUUCAUGUUGUUUUUCACCACCGAAGUCAUCAGAGAGAUAUGCAACUACACAAAUAAGUAUGCUGGGACGCACAUUUUUGAAAAGCCAUCGUACAGUGAGAGGGACGGAUCCUGGAGCGAGGUCACUGAGGAAGAGAUGCGCAAGUUCAUCGGGCUUCUGGUGUACAUGGGAAUCGUCCAGGUCCCGCGCUUGCGUUGUUAUUGGAGUGAACGACACAUAUUUUCAGGCAUUCUUCUGCCGUCAGUGAUGCCAUGGAAAAGGUUCAAGGCAUUGCUUGCCUUCUUGAGCGUCUCUGAUCCGGAGAAGACUGUCGCAUCCCACGGGAACCUUCACCGCAUGACCUCUCUUCUGCAACACAUGAACAAUUCAUUCGCGCUACAUUUUCAACCGUGUCAGAACCUUUCCGUUGAGGAGAGGACGGUGAAAUUUAAAGGUCGCGCCGGUAUUCAGAAGUACAUGAGGGACAAGGUGGUCAAACGAGGGUACAAAACAUGGGUUUUGGCAGAUUCGGAAAGGGGGUACACUCUUCAUUUUGACGUACACACGGGAAGGCACGAAAGUCCUAGUGUGCGUGGAUUGGCAAUUGAUGAGGUGACGCGGCUGUGUGGAAAUUAUCUUGAUCAGGGCUACAUAAUUUUUUUUUACAAUUUUUACACAUCAACAUCUUUGUUUGUUCAUUUACUGGAGCGCAAGACACUCGCAUGCGGAAGGACGCAAACAGAUCGGCGUGGGUUUCCGAGCGUACUAAAAGACGGUCAGUGGGCAAAAAAUGCACGAAGGGGAGAUGUUCGCUGGCUGCGGGAGGACGGAGUUUUGUACCUGCAGUGGAAAGACAAGCACGUCGUGAACAUGAUGUCAACAGCCCACACAGCUAAUGAAUUCGUGCUUGCAAAUCAAAGAAAGAAAAUAGGGAAUCAGUGGACCGAAUUGUCAGUCAAAAAACCGAUGCUUAUUGACGAGUACAACAAGGGCAUGCCAAGAGCGGACACAUCCGACCAGCUAAUCGCAUCGAACAACGUUCUCAUGAAGUCUGUGUGGUGGUGGAAAACCCCGUUUUUCCACUGUGUAGAUAUUGCCGUUGUAAAUAGCUUCAUUCUUUUUGAGGAGUACCGUCAGCAGCAUCCCGAAGUUCCGGAGCUGUUGCGGAGCUCUCACUUUGAUCAGUACGCUUUCAGGCUUGAGCUCAUCGAUCAGCUUCUGGGCCGUGACGAGCAACAGGUUGCGAGAUCCACAAUCGCUCCCGUUGUGUCCCUAGCUAGUACUGCACCGCAGGGUCUCAAGCACCAGCCACAAAGAAUUCAUAGAUACCGCAACUGCAAAGUGUGCUACGAGGAAAAAAAGCAUGAGCAGAAAACAAAUGUUUUCUGCGAAACAUGUGCAGUUAGUCUGUGUUUCACCACAUCGAGAAACUGCUUCGCGCGGUGGCAUGAUAAGCACUAGUGCUUAUAAUUUUUAUGUAUGUAAAUAACUUUUGUACUUAAAGAGCUGAUACUUGCCGUGUUAUUGUAUAAGGGUCCUGUAUUCCAAGUGUAUAUUUCAAUUUUUUUUUAUGAUGAUCCUGUGCACAGCAGCAUUGAUGUUUUUCAUUUUUUUUUCUCGUUUUGUUGCAUUAUGUUGUGCUGAUGAUUUUUUUAUCAUAUUUGUUAUAAAUCUGUGUUUUGAAAUUAAUACUUUUUUAAAGACCAAUCCUUCUUCUAUCAUUUAAUACCCUACACUUUAAGAUCAGUCGUUUUCUGUGGCAGAAAAGAUAUUUCCUGAGCACCCCCCCCCCCCCAAAAAAAAAAGACAUACAUUUGAAUCCCUGGGAAUUUGU